AUGCGGCUUGAUGGUCUCGACAGAAAGCAGACGUCGAUGUGCUGUUUGUUGGCUUACGACUCUCCUCUGUCGAAAGGGAAGAAGAGGAGGAAGAAGAAGAAGAGCAAGAAAAACGGGACUCAAGGUCGACCUCGGCAGGUUUGCGUUUUUCUUAUAAUACAAAAACUCCACCGAGAAGGAACAGAAAAAUACGAAACUUCCGGGAUAAAAAAGAAAGAGGAAAAAGACACGCUCCGACUUUUUACAUGCAUAGUUUUUAGUCUCUGCAUAUGCAACGUGGAGCCCCCGGGAAUUUUCUGA